AAAUCUGCUGAAAAUGAGGACAAAAAAUCUUUGAGAAACUGAAAUUUAUUACAGCUAAAGUUUGAACAUAUGAAUAGUUUUCCAUAGGCUCUCUUAAUAGGUAUCACGCUGUAUUAAUUGCCAUGGUCAUGGUAAUCUUCUCCAUAUCUCCUGGCUCUUUCUUUUAUGUUUUGUAUAAUUGAAAAGUUACAUGACUUUCUUAUAUAUGUACUUUCUGACAUUCUUCUGAGCACCAAAGUUUUUCAUUCGGGCUUGUGGAAUAUGGAUGUUGAGAGAGAGAAGAAGUUAAAUGGAUGGAAUGAAGCUUUACAGCCUGUGCCUAGAACUCUUAGUUAUGUGGGCAAUUCAACAACUCUUCAACUGCUGGAAAGGAGCACAGAAAAUUCACCAUAUUCUUCAUCUUCUUGUGGGUCUGAAUUGAUUGAGCUUGAUCUCCUGGAAUUGGGUCAAGGGCAGUGCCAUCCCUUUGGGUGGGAGAAGUGCUUAGACUUGAAGACUGGAGCAGUGUAUUACUUGAAUUCAGAAGGAACUGAAGAAAGAUCAGAAUUCAUAUUUAAUGGAGGAGGAGGAAAACUUGACCUUGAACUGAAUUUGUCUACCUCAAAAGUUGUCAAGACCAUAAAGAAAAAUAAAGACUCUGUCAGAACUAAUGAUAGUAUUGCAGAAGAGGCUGAGUCUGUAAUGAGGCUUGUUGGGUGUCAGAGAUGUUUAAUGUAUUUCAUGGUAUGUGGGCAGGAUGCCAAGUGUCCAAAGUGUAAUGGAUGUUUCCUCCUAGAUUUUCUUCAGAGAGAUUCAAUUUCUGAAUGAAUCUAGCAGAAACUAGUAAUUUUUUUCUUCUUUGAAUAUAUGGGCCACCAUGGCCAUGGUCAUUACAUUGUAUCAAUUCAUCUGUUAUCUUUUCUAA